UGCGCCUUCAGUCCCGAGGAUUCAUACCAACAGCUGUGCGCAAAACUGACUUCCUUAUGGGAACAUAUCAACCCUUUAUGGAUUAAUGUCAAACUGGAUGCAACGUACCAUAUCAAAUGUGAGUAUUAACAGACUAGUUAAAGUGGAUUAUAGGCUACAAUUAUGAUGGAUUUUGCUCUUACUGUAUUUUAGACUAAAACUUGCAGGAAUUCAUCUCCUCGUAUUUUCUCUUUCAGGAGUUAAUUGUGACGGUCACUCUGAAAUAAAUAAAAUGGUAAGUAUUUUUCCAUUCUGUCACCUAAGCAUAGACUGCCAUGCAAUACAGUACAGUAGUAGGCAAUGGCAUUGAAAUUGGUUUAUGCUCAGUUUGCUCCAAUUGUAAUUUUUCUGUGCAUAAAAUGGCAAUGAAUUAGAUAAACUAUAGGCCUACCAUAUUUAAAAUUAAAUAGCCCAAUUGUAUUACAAGAUACUAAAUGAACUGUCUGUCCCUGAAAUGAUGGGGUUUUACACCAGCAUAUAGGGACAACAUCUGCAGGGCAACAACGCUCUGUGCACAGACGGCGUUAUCACGCAUAAUGUCUGACUAAAUACCCAAAUGCCUCUCCAGAGUGAUGCUAUCCACUGUAGGCUAUGCCAUGAGUCAGUUAAACAAACACAUGGCAGUUUGUUAAUGUGCUCUAAAUCUAUGAGGCAGAUGGGUGUCUAAUUUGUUAGAUAUACUUUUCAUUUUCACUGUAUGAAAAGGGCAUCAUAAUUUCCUGUAACUGUAAAGGGUAUUUUCCUUUGUGGAGGCCUAUCUCUUGAAACUAUACAUGUGGUUUUACCACUUUGUCCAUUUUGGCAACAAAAAAAUCAUCCCUGCAGGAAAAUCAUCCCUGCAUAAGUCUGACUUUUAUAAGCAAGUUGUGUCUGUUGUGUCUAUGAGUGUACCACACAACCUGUGUUGUGGCUGCAUUCUCAAGUUCCCGCUGUAUCUAACAUUGUUGUGAUGAGAGCAAACAGAGGCAGAAGGUCUUGGCACAGGGUCAAAUGCUUCAGUGGAUAAUAGAGGAGUUGGGGCACUUACCCACUGCAUGAAAGGGCAUAGGGUCACACACACUGACAGGACAGGAAAGAGAGGACUGUGGGGUGAACAGGACUGUUCAUUCACUGGAUGUGACCUCUAUGGUCAGAUAUAAACCUGUGUCUCAGAGGGCUCCAUGUUUCUCCUCCUCUGGUCUGCUAAACAUUUCUCACCUCACUCUCAGAUCAGUCCCCCAUAAAGGUAUGGAAGGUAAAGGUACGGUGGCCAUGUCCGUAUACCCAUACUAGUGUACUACAUACUUAAACUGCAUACUAUUUUCUCAUCGUCAUUGUCUAGUAAAAAGUAUGCAGUAUUCCACGGCUGCAACGCAGUAGCGGCUCCUGAUUGGCUGAGUAGUUGGGGCGGGGCCGAGUGUGGGUGGAUUUUCCCAAAUUCAAAAGGCUAUUGCACAGGCCUGAUUAACGUGACAUCAAUAACACAGCUACAUAUCGAGUCCCCGGUGCCGCCACAUUCAGAAAUCAAAAGAUGGUUUAGUAUUUUGUUUAAAAGCUCUGACGAAGGCCAAGAGAACAAGAAACACUUUUCAAAAACAGAAAUCCACUUUGGGUAGAUGUAGCCUAUGAUGCAAUACUCCUGAUAAUUUUAAGGAGAACAAAAACUACUUAGCCUAUAUUUGAACACCACCACAGAAGCUUCUGGAAUCUUCUCAAUUAAGUAGCUUAGUUUUGUUGUUGGCUAUUUGAAGAGAACUAGGGCCUAUCACUCGCAGCCCAACUCUUUCAGUUCAUUGUGGAAAAGUGUGCAUCGAAUUCUACUAGAGGAAGAGCCGAAAUUAGUAUAACAUCCUGUCAUUUAAACCAUACUAGAUUUAAAAAAUGUUUGGCAUACUAUUCAAUAUUAUAUUUUCGCAUACUGAGAAUGUGUCGUGCGUGGUUGCGUUGUUUCCUGCUAUUCGUUGAUUUCGGUAGCGCGUACCCAUAUCUAAUUGAUCAGCUGUUGUCAAAGCCAAAAUGAGUAUGACAUCCGGGCAUUUAAAGUAUACUAGAUUUUCUAAAUGUUUGGAAAGAGGGAACCACUCCCUUGUAUCUCCAUUACAGGACAUCAUUAUUAUUGUAAUGCUAUUUGGUACUGUCGCAAGGUAUUAUCACUGUCAUGAAAGGACUUAAUGGAUCCUCUCAAUGUUUUAUUUUUAACUAAGUUAACAUUUCUGUCAGGACUACAUGAUUUACUCUUCUAUCCCACUUUUUGAAGUAUCAGUUUGUAUAUGUUUUGUAGCCCACCUUUUUCAUUCAGAGGUAAUGUUGUACGUGGUUCACACACCGUUAUGCUCAGUCAACCCUGUUUGAUUUUGAGUGUGAGCCGACUCUGCUCACUGGUUGGUUUGGACCAAUCAGAGUGGGUCCCUGUGAAUCAAAGGGAGAGGAAAUGAGAGUAUAUGCUCUUUAGUGUGUCACAGCUGACUUUCAUAUGCAGGCAUGCCGCACCUUUAAAGAGACUCACAGUUAUACCUACAUCCUGUGCCUUGAACUACAUCAGAGAAACCUCAAUCCCCCUGCACAUCCCCCUACAGCAGGGAUCAUCAACUAGAUUCAGCCACAAUUUUUUCUUGAGCGGAUGGUCAGGGGGCCGGAACAUAAUUACAAAUAAUUUGUAGACUGCAAACUGACCGCAAGAAGCCCAAACAGAUAUAAUAUUUGACAAAAAUAUUAUCAUUUCAAACCAUGCCUAUAUUUCUAUAUGAUCACAUAUAUCUCUCUAUUAUGCGUGGGAAUACUUUGGAACAGAUUUCCAAAAUUAAAAUCACUUGGAGCUGAUUUGCUGGUGUUUUUACAGUCUUUUAUGUCCAACAAUAAAAUAAAAUAAAACAUUUUUUGUUGUUGCUAAAACAACUUGGAGUGGGUGGAUCCAUAUGAAAACUGGUCAAGUGUGGUGUGAUAGUUUUGUUUCUGAGAAGGGUGUGAGGUGCAGGACAGGUGAAGCAGGACAGGUUGAGCAGGACAGGUAAAGCAGGACAGGUAAAGCAGGACAGGUAAAGCAGUACAGGUAGAGCAUAGGUGUUGUUAACCGCUCAAAUGGAUGAUUGAGGGGAGUAUUUACGGCCGUUUGGCUGUGUGAGUUCAAGUUUACAGAAGAGGCGUAGCUCUUCCAGACAGUCGAAACUUAGCAGCAGUCACCCACUCUUCAAGUCUGUGCCUGCCCUACAGAGCCGGUCUCCACUAUAGUCACCAACAAAUGCAGUGUGCUUAUUAGAAAUAGCUCUUUCUAAUAAGCACACUACAUUUGUGUGAUUUUGUAUUCACCGGCUUAAUAGAAAAUCUUUGCUAUGACAAAAGAAUAGCACUCAACCACUGACUUUGUUUUCUUUAUCUAAACAUAGUAAUGUGUCAUAGUGUGUGUGUACCAGCCUAUGUCUGACCGUGUCCCCUGUCCCUCCCAGCUGUGUCUGCGUGACUCUGGGGACUGCCUGCGGGACCAGAUGCACUACAUGAUGAGGUCCCUGCAGGACCUGAAGCACCUGAGGAGGACCUGCCCUGCUGCUGCCCCUGCCAUCCCCCCUGCCCCUACCCUGGUCCACCGCUCUGCAGUGGCACGAGCCUGCCAUCAGAGAGCACCGCAGAGGGAGCACCGUACCCGGCUGCGCAUCUCUGACGCCAGUACGGCCAGCACCUACGACUCAGCCUGCUGUCUGGCCAGUCCUCUGGAGGAGGAGGAGGAUGCAGGCAGCCGGCUGGGUCUGGGCCUUGGCCUGGGUCUGACCUCCCCCAGCAGUGAGAAGAGUCUUGAGUUUGACUCUGGCUACUCUGAGGCCUCCUGGCAGGACGAGGCCGUGGUGCUCAGGAGGACCAGGAACGUACGGGUGUCCUCCUCUGCCUGCCUCCGCACCAACCGGGCCUCCAGUGACCUGGUCCGGCCCAAAUCCACAUCAGACGCCUGCCUGGAGAGGUGGACCUCAUUCGAGGCCAGUGACCCGGAGGACUGGACUACGUCACUGCUGACACGGGGACGGAACAGACAACCUCUGGUACUGGGGGACAACAGCUUUGCUGACCUCAUACAGAACUGGAUGGACCUACCGGACUGCCCUGAACCAGCAGAACUGAAGCCCAUCUCUGGCUUCUUAGUAAACAUGAGGCGGAAAAUAGCUGGGAUGUCAAAGAGUGUAGAGGGGAGGGUGAGGAUGAGGUCCUCAGACUCUUCUUCACAUGUGAGUCGGACAGCCAUGGCCCCCAAACGACUCUCCUGCCCCCUAGGGGUGCAGGCCCCUGCCCCACGCCAGUCCCCCUUCUUCCACCAGUCCCAUUCUGGCCUGCAUGAACUAGACACAGACUUCUAUCAGUUCACUGCCCUCAUGAAGACUGGCAGCAGACAGCCUAUUAUCUGUAAUGACAUCGGCUACAUCUGA